CGCGGCGCGCGCCCCGUGCGCAGGCGCGGCGGCCGCGGCGAGCGUGGACGUGCGGGCGAGAAGAUGGCGGCGGCGGGGGCAGCAGCGUGAGCAGCCGGGCCGCGCCGGGGCUCCCCGAGACGGGCCGCCAUGGCCCUCCGCGAGCCGCAGUACAUUUUUGGAGAUUUUAGCCCAGAUGAAUUCAAUCAGUUCUUUGUGACUCCUCGUUCUUCAGUUGAGCUGCCUCCGUUCAGCGGGGUGGUCCUGGAUGGCCCGCUGGCGGCGGAGGACCCGCCCGAGGGCCCAGAGAGCCUGGAGUGCCAGAGGCCCGAGCCCGGCGGCCAGGAGGGGACGGGGCACAGAGCCGCGGGGCCGGCCCCCGGCCGCAGCCUCUCCAGCACGCUGAACCCCCAGGCCCCAGAGUUCAUUCUGGGCUGCACAGCGUCCAGGACAAAUGCCGAGGACAGAGACAGAGACGUGACCUCCAGCCCCGUGGACUGGCAGGACCCCGACGCGGGCCCGGCCUUGGACAGCCCCGGCGGCGCGGAGGAUGAGGGCCCGGAGGGGGGGCUGGGGCAGAGGGAGCGGAGGAGGAAAAAGAAGCGGCCCCCCGGCUACUACAGCUACUUGAAGGACGGCGGCCAGGACGCCGCUUCCCCCGGAGCCCUGGUCAACGGCCACGGCCCCGACGACGCCGAGCUGGUGACUGGGGGGGUCCUGACCCCGUCCCCGUCCCCGAGGACUUGUAGGAGCCCUCAGGAGCCCUCGGACUUGUGCGGCGGGCCUUUCCCCGAGGCCCUGGAGGGCAGGACUGCGGGGCGGCUCGAGGGCUGCCCCGGGGCUGCCCCGGCACUGGCCUGCCUCCCCGAGCACGGCCCGCCCAGGACCGCGGGGGCCCAGACUACUGAGGAGCUCACCGAGCUCACCGUCGCAGACGGACAGAUACUUGAACCCUCGGGCGGGGCCGUGGCCACCAACGGCCUGACCUUCCACGCGGCCGAGAGCACGGACUCGGAGCCCGCCGGCGCCCGCGCCCCCUCUGCCGCCGACGGGCAGGCCUGUGUGCCCGGCGGCCAGCCCAAGUCGUGGGCCAGCCUCUUCCACGGCGCCGCGCCCUCUGCCCUGCCCGCGCCCCCCGUGGACCUCAAGCACUCCCCCCCUGCCGCGCCCUCCGAGAAGCAGGUGGGCCUGAAGGAGGGGCUAGUGCCCGUCUGCGAGGACCCCGUCGCCCUGGAGAUGGCAGAGCUGCUGGAGAACGUGACCCUGGUGCACAAGCCCGUGUCGCUGCAGCCGCGCGGGCUCAUCAACAGGGGCAACUGGUGCUACAUCAACGCCACCCUGCAGGCCCUGGUCGCCUGCCCGCCCAUGUACCACCUGAUGAAGGUCAUUCCCCUCUACUCCCAGGCCCAGCGGCCCUGCACGUCCACGCCCAUGAUCGACAGCUUUGUCCGGCUGAUGAACGAGUUCACCAACAUGCCGGUGCCCCCGAAGCCCAGACAAGCUCUCGGGGACAGAGCCGUGCGGGAGAUCCGGCCCGGAGCCGCCUUCGAGCCCACCUACAUCUACCGCCUGCUCACCGUCAUCAAGUCCAGCCUGUCGGAAAAGGGGCGGCAGGAGGACGCCGAGGAGUACCUGGGCUUCAUCCUGAACGGCCUCCACGAGGAGAUGCUGGCCCUGAAGAAGCUGCUCUCGCCCGACAGCGAAAAACCCACUGUGUCCAACGGGCCCGGGAGGCACUCGGCGGCCGAGGAGCUGGGCGAGGGGAGUGAGGACGAGUGGGAGCAGGUGGGCCCCCGCCACAGGACGGCCGUCACUCGGCAGGCGGACUUCGUGCAGACCCCGAUCACCGGCAUCUUCGGGGGACACAUCAGGUCGGUGGUGUACCAGCAGAGCUCCCGGGACUCGGCCACGCUGCAGCCCUUCUUCACGCUGCAGCUGGACAUCCAGUCCGACAGGAUCCACACGGUGCAGGACGCGCUCGAGAGCCUGGUGGCGCGGGAGGCCGUGCAGGGCUACACCACCAAGACCAAGCAGGAGGUGGAGGUGAGCCGCAGGGUGACCCUGGAGAAGCUGCCGCCCGUGCUGGUGCUGCACCUGAAGCGCUUCGUGUACGAGAAGAGCGGCGGCUGCCAGAAGCUCGUCAAGAACAUCGACUACCCCGUGGACCUGGAGAUCAGCAGGGAACUACUUUCUCCAGGGGUCAAAAAUAAGAACCUCAAAUGCCACCGGACGUACCGGCUCUUUGCAGUGGUCUACCACCACGGCAGCAGCGCCACCGGGGGCCACUACACCACUGACGUCUUCCAGAUCGGCCUCAGCGGCUGGCUUCGCAUCGACGACCAGACGGUGCGGGUGGUGAGCCAGUACCAGGUGGUGAAGCCGGCGGCCGGCCGCACAGCCUACCUCCUCUACUACCGCCGCGCCGACCUGCUCUAGCCGCGGGCCGGGGCCAGGCCGCCGGGCCGGAGCAGACUCGCUGGAUCAAGGGGACACGCAGAACCCGGCAGAGGAUGGUUCCGAGCCCGGAGGGAGCGUGCCGCGGCCCCCGGCCCGUCGCUCCGGGGACGCCCUGCACCAGCAACACUUGCAAACUUGUGGAAAUGAAUUUUAUCUUUCCUGGAAAAUAAAUUUUUUAACCCAUCACUCUUUCCCCCCUACCCUCUAGCUUUUGAUAAAUGAUUUUAAAAAAUUGAGCCACUUCCCAGAGAAGAAACAGUUCUUGAGAAGAAAGCGACGGUAGUUGCUGGUUCCUGCUGGAGAGCCGCGCGUUUGUGGUCACACGGGGAAACCGCUUCCGUCCACGCGGCGAGCAGAGCCCGGCGUGGGGCUCGUCCCACAGACGGUGAUUGGAACGUUGUUACCAUUAAAAGAUUUCAAAUCGG